GCAUUAGCGUGCUAAAGCUAGCUGUGACAGUGACUGUCUGUGUGAAAGUUAGCUGCGCAGUUUGUUCUUUAUUAAUAUUUAAUAAUGUCCGACGCUUUGCUGCGGUGGUGUGUGGAUCAGUUAAAUCACAAUUUCGGGCUGGAAGCGAGUGAAGACAUUGUUCAGUACAUUCUGUCCAUCAACAAUGCUGAUGAAAUUGUGGAGUAUGUGGGGGAUCUCCUGCAAGGAACUGAAGGCAGGAAAAAGCAGUUUAUUGAUGAGCUGGUGGAGAGAUGGCAGCGGUGUCGGAGACAGGCUGAUUCUGGGCCAGAGCUGAUCCUCAGGAGAGAGACAGUGACCGAGAGUCCAGAUUCAGAAGUUUCAAACACCCAGAAGAAGUCAAAGCGUAAAGGAAGGAACAAGCAAGAGGUCCUCGCUUUCAGUCAGGCUGAGCCUGAGCCAGAGGCUGUAAAAACGCCCAUAGACUUGCUUAAGGCACAAGAGAACAGCAGCUCAUCCUCAACAAAGAAGAAAAGCAAGUUUGUGAAUUUAUAUGCCAAAGAGGGUCAGGAUAAGCUGGCCGUUUUGUUGCCUGGACGCCAUUCCUGUGAUUGCCUGGCUCAGAAGCACAAACUCAUCAACAACUGCAUGACCUGUGGUCGGAUUGUGUGUGAACAGGAAGGCUCUGGUCUGUGUUUGUUCUGUGGAAGCCUGGUGUGCACUAAAGAGGAGCAGGAUAUCUUACAGCGGGACUCAAACAAAAGUCAGAAACUCAGAAAGAAGCUCCUGGGAGACCGCAGUGAAGAAAAAGACUAUCUGCCCCACCAGGAGGCCAGGUUUAAGGCAGGCUUGGAGAAGGCUGUUCAACACAAAGAUAAACUGCUGGAGUUUGACAAGAACAGUGUUCGUCGUACUCAAGUCCUGGAUGAUGAGUCAGACUAUUUUGCCACUGACUCCAACCAGUGGCUUUCUCCCGGGGAGCGCGAGGUGCUGCGAAAGCGGGAUGAGGAGCUGCGAGAGCUCCGUCACGCCUCCCGCAAAGAUCGCAAGAUCACACUGGAUUUCGCAGGCAGACGAGUUCUGGAGGAAGGAGAGAACCUGACUCAAUAUUACAACAAGUUUGAUGAGACUGUCAAGGCUAUCAACACUGGAUCUCUGGUCCAGAAACCAAAGAGCUCGGGCUCAGCUGGACGUCAGCACCUCAGGGAUCUGGUCAACCCUAACAUUGUGCAGGCUGCACCACAGUGGGUGGAUUUAGGUGGGUGUGAUGCCUCUCGCAGGCCUCAGGUGAAAGCUGCUGGAAGUGAGAAGAAUGCUGAGCGCUCCAGACUCCGGCUGCAGGACCGAGAGCUGCAGGAGAUGGCAGAUGGGGGCUGGUGUCUCAGCAUGCAUCAGCCAUGGGCCUCGCUCCUCACCUGUGGUAUAAAGAGAGUGGAGGGCAGGACAUGGUACUCCUCCCACAGAGGGCGCCUGUGGAUCGCUGCUGCAGCAAAAAGACCCAGCCCUCAGGAGAUAGCCCAGGUGGAGGCCAUGUACCGGCAGAUUUAUAAGCAAGAUUUGCCAUUUCCUAAAGAGUAUCCCACCGGCUGCCUGCUUGGCUGCGUCAACAUGACAGACUGUCUCUCCCAGGAGCAGUUUAGAGAGCAGUAUCCCCAGAUCAGCGAGGAGUCCGCCUCUCCAUUUGUCUUCAUUUGCACCAACCCCCAGGAGCUGCUGGUGAAAUUCCCCAUGAAAGGAAAACACAAGAUCUGGAAGUUGGAGAGCCAGAUACACCAAAGUGCCAAGAAGGGGUUAAUGCUGGCAGCCUGACCUCGACAAAGCCAUGUUGGACUGCGACUGACUCGAGGAACAGACUUUCCAGCCAGUGGAGAUGAGUGAGAUUCAGCCUGGAACACAUCGCUCAGUACCCGUUGGAUUUGGUGAUGGCCAUAAAUCUCUGGACAUAAACCUGCAGUCAUCUGGCAGUUGCUAGAUUCUCUGGGAUUAUUCUUCUUGAUUCUGUUGAGCUGUGUUGGUUUUGCUGCAAUAAAAUACAUUUGGACCAAA